GAAUGAGGCUAUUGACGAAUAGCAUGGUCUGAUAAGAAUAGUGACCUAAAAGACGGUCAGAAGAAUGGCGACACUUUUCAGAUCCAAAGGGUCUCACCUAUUUUAGAUCUUACCAAUUGUUUCCAAAUAUAUAGAGAAAUUAGUUGUGGCCAUUGUUGCUAUACAUUUGCCGCUUAAAAGCACAACUCUUGUUUUUUUACAGAUCUGUAUCAGCUCAGAAACAAAUCUGCCAUGGCGCCCACCACCAUCCGAAAAGCCAUUGGGGCUGUGAAGGACCAGACCAGCAUAGGGAUUGCCAAAGUGGCAAGCAACAUGGCACCAGAGCUGGAAGUUGCUAUUGUUAAGGCUACUAGCCACGAUGAUGAACCAGCUGGAGAGAAGUACAUAAGGGAGAUUCUCCAAUUGACUUCAUCUUCACGGGGUUAUGUCACUGCCUGCAUGUCUGCAAUUUCCAAAAGGUUGGGCAAAACCCGAGAUUGGAUUGUUGCCCUCAAGUGUUUGAUGCUAAUUCACCGACUUCUCAAUGAUGGAGAUGCUGUAUUUCAGCAAGAAAUUAUGUAUGCUACCAGGAGGGGAACAAGGCUGCUAAAUUUAUCAGAUUUCAGAGAUGAAGCUCACGCCAGUUCAUGGGAUCAUUCUGCUUUUGUAAGGACUUAUGCUUUGUAUUUGGAUCAGAGGUUAGAAUUGAUGGUUUUUGAGAGGAAGCAAAAUGGUGGACAGGUGGAAAGGUAUGGAUCCAAGGAUGAACAAUGGAGAUUGCCCCAGAGUUCUAACCGUGGAUAUGGUUAUGAUCAUGGCGACUUUAGAGAUGAGCCUGGUUAUGGAAUGAGGAGGUCCAGAUCUUCAGGUGAUGUGAGAGAGUCAAUACAGGAGAAGAAAGAUGUGACUCCAAUGAGAGAGAUGAAACCUGAAAGGAUUUUUGGGAAAAUGACUCAUUUGCAAAGACUUCUAGAUCGAUUUUUAUCUUGUCGACCAACUGGUUUGGCGAAGAAUGAAAGGAUGGUCUUGGUUGCUUUGUACCCUGUGGUUAAAGAAAGUUACAAAAUUUACACAGAUAUAUGUGAUGUUUUGGCUGUUCUGUUGGAUAAAUUUUUUGAUAUGGAGUAUGAGGAUUGUGUCAAGGCCUUUGAUGCCUAUGCUAGUGCAGCAAAGCAGAUAGAUGAAUUGGUGGGAUUCUAUAACUGGUGCAAGGAUAUAGGUGUGUCAAGGUCGUCAGAAUACCCAGAAGUGUCGAGGAUUACAAGCAAGCUAUUAGAUACAUUGGAGGAGUUUGUGAGAGAUAGAGCUAAGGCGAUGAAGAGUCCUGAAAGGAAAGUAGAUAGCCAGCCAGCUCCACAGGGAGAGGAGCCAACACUGGAUAUGAAUGUAAUUAAAGCAUUGCCACCACCAGAGGAUUAUACUGCUCCACCGCCUCCUGAACUAGAGCCUCCUAAGCCUAAGCCUGUUAUUCAGGAGACCAGAGAUCUGGUGGAUUUGAGGGAGGAGGGUGUUACUGCCGAUGCUCAGGGGAAUAAAUUUGCCUUGGCAUUAUUUGCAGGACCAGGAACAAGUAAUGCUAAUGGGUCGUGGGAAGCAUUCCCAUCCAAUGGGGAACCUGAGAUUACGUCUGCUUGGCAGAAUCCAGCAGCUGAGAGUGGCAAGGCUGAUUGGGAACUGGCUUUGGUGGAGACAGCAAGUAAUUUGUCUAAGCAGAAGGCGGCAUUGGGUGGCGGUCUUGAUCCACUAUUGUUGAAUGGCAUGUAUGAUCAGGGUGUUGUUAGGCAACAUGUAGCCACUGCACAAUCAAGUGGUGGCAGUGCCAGCAGUGUGGCAUUGCCAGGAGUAGGGAAAAGUGCUACACCAGUUUUGGCACUUCCUGCACCUGAUGGAACAGUCCAGACAGUUGGACAAGACCCCUUUGCCGCAUCUUUGAGUGUUCCACCUCCCUCUUAUGUGCAAAUAGCAGAUUUGCAGAAGAAAGAGCAAUUGCUAGUGCAGGAACAGAUGGUAUGGCAGCAGUAUGGCAGAGAUGGCAUGCAAGGUCAAACGAGUUUGGCCAAGAUCACUACUGGAGGAUACUAUGGUCCAGGGCAACCCCCUGUGAUGCCUUAUGGAAUGCCACCAGUAAACGGUGUUGGAAUGCCACCUGCGGCAGGGUACUACUACAAUCCUUAUUGAUUUUUCAGCAUAUAGCUUUUCUUUUUCCUUUUUUAUGUUUAUGUUGGGUGUUCAUUAUUUAGCGUUUUACCUGUUCCACUGUAUUAUUUUAUGGCUAUAUCUUCCAUUUGUUCAUGUUUAGCGAGUCUAGUGAAUGACCAGUGUUGUAUUCUCUGAUGUUUUUUGUAAUAUACCGAUUUCAUAAUGUACUUGUUAAGCAAUGCUCAUUUCUAGAGGGGUGUUGUUUGAAUAUUGGUUGUGUUGUUAAUUACAUUCUUUGUUUUUC